AUGUAGGCAACAUAUUAUUGCGAGUAAAAGGGACAUCAAGAUAAUCCAAGGAAUAUUUGCUGUAUAAAUUAUAACUGUCCUAAGAGAGGCAUCAUAUGUUCCCACUGUUUGUUGCAGGAGCAUAAUGACCACGUCAAAUAGUGUGUUCCUCUUAAGGAAUUAAUAAAGUCAUUAAAUAAGGCUAAUAAUCCUAAAAAUAUAGAAGAUCUUGGAAAUAGUGGAUGCGACAUAUUAAAAUAGCAUAAAUAGAUUAUCAUAGGAUUUAAGAAUUUUAUAAGCUAAUUAAAGAAAUCAAUAGAAAACAUCGAAUUUGCCAUAGAGUAGCAAAUGAAGAAACUUUUAGAAGAUGCAGACAUUUUUGUAGGCGAUGCAUUUGAAGUAUUAUUAGAGAAAAUUAACUAACCAGUAUUAAAUCUAAACGAUAUCGAAAAAGAUCUCAUUAAAUUCAUGCCAAUGAUCUCAAUAGGAUACGAUGGGGAGAUUGACAGUUUAGGAGAAAUCCUGAGAAAUAAAGAAGUAGACAGAAUAAUGUAGAGUUCUGUAUUGUUAGAUAGAGAGGCUAGAUAUUGGAUGUAGAAGUGUGCAGAUGAUUUGAAUUCUCUAAAAAAUAAAUUACUCAGUGUAACUUUUGAAACACCAAGACAAAUUGUGGGAGAAAACAGGUUCGGGUAAUUUCUUGAUAACUGGACAUUAGAUGGAAUUAAUGCGAUUACCUUUUAGUAAAAUUAAAAUAUGUUUGAAAAAGAUAUAUGGCUAAUAGGAUUUGGUGUCUUUGAAGCUCAAAAUAUGAGCGCCCUUCCUUCUCCGCCAAAACUCACUGUGUGUCUCAGCGAAGGAAAAAUUGCUGAAGAAAAGUUGAUCCUUCGACAAUAAAUAUAAUUAUCAAAUCAGAUACAGUUUAAAAAUAAAAUGGCCACAAUAUACUUGGAGAAAGCAUUAAAACUAAACCCAAAAUAUUAAUAUACACUUUCAAUAACUUCAGAUUAAACUUAUCUUACUUAUGCAGGUUUUAACGGCUGUGUCGAUACUAAAGACUUUACAUAUUUCGAAUCCCAAAUAGUAAGACCUAUUUCGAAUAAUGGCACUAACACUAUGAUGGGACAAUUUCCUUAUUUAGUCUAUGAAGUCUAAUCAAAAUGA